AUAACUGAGAUAAUCAAAGAGGUUUGUCACAACCGAUUUCUAUAUCAAAUUAUCUUAAUUAUCAAUCAAACAAGCCGGAUCUUUUAAACGUUUAAAAUUUGCAAACGUCCGCACAUUUUACACCAGUCUCUCUCUCCCAUUGGACUGUCAUCAUGGUGUGUUCAACUUUGAUUUCAUUGGUUGUCUGUUUCGGAGUAAGCCUCGCUUUGAACUCAUGGGAGCUUCCGCAAGCGUUUGUGAAUUCCGAGUUAGACCAGAAUUGGAUGUGGUUCAAGAAAGCUUACAAUAAGAGUUUUACUAACGAAAAUGAGGAAAUUACGAGGCGUCUUUACUGGGAGGACAACAUGAAGUUUAUCCGGCAACAUAAUGAGAAAUAUUACCGAGGAGAAGUUACAUAUAGUGUUGGCGAAAACGAUUUUGCAGACAUGGCUGACGAUGAAUUCGAAAAAACUUAUCUACGGGGUCUUAUCGUACCGGAAGGAGAAGAAAAUGAUUACCCAGAAGGCCUUACUGAACCGGAUGUACAACUUCCUAGAGAACUUGAUUGGAGGGUACAAGGACUUGUAUCGUCUGUUAAAAAUCAAGGAAAGUGUGGCUCGUGUUGGGCAUUUUCUGCUCUAGGUGCAUUAGAGGGACAAGUCAUUAAAAACCAUGGCGGUUCCGAAAUUCCCGAUUUGUCAGAGCAGAAUCUUGUUGACUGUGCUAAGGGAGAAAAAUACCAUAAUUUAGGAUGCAAAGGCGGAUGGAUGCACAAUGCAUAUCAGUAUAUCAAAGACAAUGGAGGUAUUGACAGCGAAUUUUGCUACCCAUACCGAGCAAUA